ACUGUCGCACAGUGCAUAGCGGCGGCGAGCGUACAAUCCAGACGUUUUUUUCAAAAAUAGAGAGAGAGAGAGAGUAGAAGAAAUUUCGUAUUUUUACCAUAAACCAUUUAUCAGUUUACCGAUUAUUUUUUGACGUUUACGACUCGUGUUGAUUUUUACGUUUUCUGUACGUUUCUUGUCGUCGCCGUUAGUUGAGCGUUUUCGUUUUUCUUUACUUAUAUUGUUAUUAUUUGUGCACAAAUCCCGUGUCGUCCGCGGUCUACGCCGUCGCUUAUCAUCGCCGUUUUAUCAAUUACAGAAAAGACGGUCCCGCUGUCGCCGGUCGUCUGUUUUGCGUUACAAUAAAACCAUAAAAACAAUAAUAAUAAUAUAUUAUUAUCAUCAUUAUUAUAAUGUGGAACGACAACAGCUAUCAUCGGCACGGUUGCAACAGGAACGCCGGGUCGUUCUUCAGGAGAAGACAUCAGCAACAACCCUUCUACCGGGAGGACUAUCAGUCGAAAAUGAAAUCGGUGGAACAGGGUUCGUCUUUGCCGAUAAUGCAGAACGGUCACCUAGACGUGUCCAAGGACCUCAACCACAUGCGGCCCGCCGCCAUGCUUUCGACUUGCGGCGGCGACGACCGGCAUAAGCCCGGUGGCCGCGCUCAGACCGAUCUCAGCCGGUUGGCCGUGCUCAGCUACGAACAGGUUGCCCGGCUCAACGACGUCAUGGACGAAACCGUCAGCAUCCACGGCCGCGGCAACUUCCCCACGCUCGAAGUGCGUUUACGCGAUCUCGUGGCCAUGGUCCGCGACCGACUCCGCGUGCAAACCGCGCCAGAAGACGACGACGUGGCCUUUUCCGUGGAACCGGCCGCCGGGCCCGCGUCCGCCGCGGCGACCACCCCAGGCACCGACGAACCGGCGUCGUCCACCCACGUGAAGAGUAUCAGACUGAACGGCGGCGCGGCCUCGCACGUGCUCACCACCGACACGCAGCCGUACAACGACCUAGACCUGAUAUUCAACGUUAGCCUGUCCGGUAACCGCGACUUCGACCGCGUCAAGUCCGCCGUGUUGAGGGCGCUGGUCGACUUGCUGCCGGAGGGCGUGAGCCGCAAGCGGAUGACGCCGUGCAGCAUCAAGGAGGCGUACGUCAGCAAAAUGGUCAAAGUGAACAAGGACGGCGACCGGUGGUCGCUGAUAUCGCUGGGAACGUUGCCCGGGCAACGCAACGUCGAGCUCAAGUUCGUCGACAAAAUGAAGAGGCCGUUCGAAUUCUCCGUCGACUCGUUCCAGAUCGUGCUCGACUCGCUGUUGCUGUUCUACGAGUGCAGCAGCGGCGUGCCGAUCAGCGAGAACUUCUACCCGACCGUUGUCGGCGAGUCGGUGUACGGCGACUUCCGCGACGCCAUGUACCAUCUAGAGAACAAGCUGAUCGUCACCAGGAACCCGGAAGAAAUCCGGGGCGGUGGUCUGCUAAAGUACUGCAACCUGUUGUUGCGCAACUACGCGCCAGACUACGACGGCGACGGCACCAAGAAGCUGGAGCGGUACAUGUGCUCUAGGUUCUUCAUCGACUUCUCGGACAUCCACCAGCAGCGCGCCAAGCUGGAGAACUACAUGAAAAACCAUUUUUGCGCGCCCCAGGAGGAGUACAUGAAACUGCAGUACCUCAACGUCCUUAAGCAGGUGGUCGAGGAGAGCACGGUGUGCCUGAUGAUCCACGAGAGGCACCAGACCCUGGCGCUCAUCGCCGAGCUGUCCUGGCAAAUGAUGGCCCGGCACGGCAUGUACUACUACUACCAUCCGCAGCCGCAAAUGACCAUGUCCAUCGGACACCACAGCCAACUGCCGGCCACUCUGCAUUGCCCGUCAUAAAGUGUAUGAAUGUUAGUUGAAUAUUUUUUUUUCUAGAAAACUGAUACGUUUAACAAUUAACACAACCGUAAUGUACUCUUCUAUUUAUGUAUAUGAUUAUUAUUAUUAUUAUAAUCAAGAUCUCCAAAACGAAAAUAUCACAAAAAAAAAAACAAAAAAAUUUAAA